UACAUUGGCUAACCCCACUUCAAAAACAGCUGAAACUCAGACAUGCAGUACCUCUCAUGGCCAGCGUGAGGAGCUGUCUGCGCUCUCCUCGGCUGCAGUGCGUCGGGAAGCAGAAGUCUUCAACAGCUCGAACAACACUCACCUCACAGCGUGCAGCGUAUGACCCGUCCAAGUCAUCGCCCCCCUGCACAAACACCAGGGAAUACAGGGAAUGAUGUGGACAUUGAUAAUAGACAGUACUUCCCCGUCAAAGGGCGUAGGCUUGAAUUCUUCCUCUCAGGUGAUCGAAUGAUGAAAGUGAAACAUAAAGAGUGAAUCAGCCUGUGAGGAUUCUGACAGCCAGUUGCAGGAUGGAAAACAAGUUUUCAUCUGACCGGGUGGCAGCAGCUUCACAUUGUGCAGAGAAACCUGUGGAGCAUUCAGCUAAACCUCUGAGGGAAGCAGGAAGCACAACAAUCAAUGCCCAGGAUAGAAGUUUCAUCAUCAGUCCUUAUUUAAGGGACGUAACCGGAAACAACAACUUCAGCAUCACAUUAGAUUGUCAUUGCGCCGCGCCCUCGCAGUGCGUCUCGUCUGUCGUGGCGUCUGAAACCGAUGCGUUGGGGAAGGCAUAUGACAGAAACCCCGAGUUGCUUGUCACGAAUAGUAAUACUCGCACUGCGUUGACACACAAAGGCCAGAACCUGGACGUUCAGCGUCUGGCUGAUCAGCUUAUCAACACGCAGUCUCUGCUCCGUCAGGCUCUGGUCAGUCUCAUCUGCGAAUACGUUGGGUAUCAGGACCUGCCCCGGCUCCACAGUUUUGCCAGGCAAUUCGCCUUGCUUGAGCAGCCCACCUCCGCCGAGAUAUUGAGGGAUGACUCGCCUCAGUGUGGUAGCAAGCUUAACAAUAAGUCUUUUCCUUCCGCUCGUCCAACCGCUGAUGUUUUACCACCCACGUCCGCCUCCAGUCACAGCCUGCAGCAGCUUUUUGAACGAGUGGACAGCUUCGACGCUCGACUCCAGGCUCUGGAGGCAGACCUCAGGGUCAGAAGUGACCUUAUUUAGACGAGAGUCGAGCUCGGGAUGGAUAGGCCAACGCGUGUCUAACAGAAGGCUGUGGGAGCGCAUGAUGGCUAAACGUGCUGCGCGCCUCUCCAUCCAGACGAAUACUAAAAAUCAAAUAAAGUCUGUGGAUUUGUUAUGAUGAAUCAGUGUUGUGUAUUAAAUGUAGUACAUUAUUACCGUUUUUACGCAAAUUACUUUUAAUACAUCAAAUUCCUGUUUUGGAGCUUGGUUUAAUUCCUGCAUUUCUACUUUAUGGGCUGCAUUUAUCUUUGUACGAAAAUGCAAAGAAAACACGUCAUCAAGGUAAACAGCUUAACCUGUCUGUCCAGUGCAGACAAACACUGAGAUACUCCAACAGGUUGGACACAACAGGUUCAGCUUCGACAACACGUAGCAAAAUGUUUCUUCGCCGUUCAUUUAAAGGCUGUCCUUUCUGCAGCAGCCUGGGUCACACUGUGUGGUUCAAACAUUAUGCCCCACUAAGAAGGGAAAAAGUACACGGGCGUAUGUCUGAGAUGAUAAAUAUAUAAACUUUGUGAUAAACUCAUUUCAGUGUCCAGGAUAUACAAAUUGUAUGUACAAAAGAGUGCACCGCUCGGAACGUAAGUGUCAUACAGGUCACUUGGCUGAAAACGUUUAUCCGGAGUUAGUGUGUGCCUGAUAAGAUCCCACCAUAUGCAAUAUGGGAAGAUCAGAGUGAUUGUGUGUUUUCUGUGAAUGAUAAGCCCAUUGCAUAAGAGAAAACACGGGGAACAGAACAGGAAAAUAAACAGCUGUUUCUGGCCCUCUUACAGGUCUGUGUGGUCGAUAAUGUUCCAUUUAAGCACAACGUAACCGUGAUCUUUCUCUCCGGGGCCACGUAUAAGGUCACACAUGAGAGAUUCAACUGUAUUGCUUAGAUUAUAAACUCUCGGCGAAACAAAAACUAUUCAUCCAUCAGUGACGCUGCGUUGGUGUUCAGCAGGUGAGCCUUGUAGGUGGGCUGAUUAAACAGUGAUCCCAGUCAGACAAACGCACUGAGCCAAGAGACCUUUUUAAAUUUAAAUUAAAAAGUAAAGAUUUAAAAAAGUCUCUCCAGGAGUCUUAAAGGAGUUCACUGGCUGCCAGAGAAGAUGGAUGAUAACCAAUAUUUCAGUUCUGUUCACUGUCAGUUUGACUUCCAAAUAAAAAGUGUACAUAUGUAUUUACUACUGUAUUAACCCAUCACAGUAUUUGUGCAUUACUUGUCUACAGCUUGUUCCUACCUGCACAAUAUAAAUGUACUAUAUCAGUUUACACCAGUCUACCUCAGGAUUAUAUUUUAACUUCUGCACUAUUAUUUCUUUGUCUUAUUCUAAGUUUUUCUCACUGUGUGAUUUUCUUUUUGUGCAUUUUGUCUGAGCACUGUUGGAGGAGCCUGAGAACGUCUUUGCAUUUCGUUGAGGAGAAACAGGAAGACAUCACACUGACUCGCUGCAGUAAGCUUUAUUGACCUUUUCUUAUACAUUAUAUGGUAUUGACUCAAUUUCCGUUUGCGGUGUUUGUGUUUUGGAAGCGUAUUUUCCUGCUCUAAACUCAACCCAGUUUAACGAGUUAGUGCUUCAUUCCAGCGGCUAAUUAACCCCUUUAUGACUGGAAAUCAUUAGGCAGACAUUCCUACACUACAUGUCUAUCUGAUGGUGCUGUAGCUAAAUUUAAGGAAGUGAUUCCAUCAGCUUUUUAUUCAAUACCAUAUCCCAUAUCGAAUGACACUCAAUUGUUGCCCCUCCUCAUCUGAUUUUAAAAGUUACAACCCUUGAAAAUGAUUUCAUGUUAAGAGAAAACCUCCUGUUUCCACUGACUCAUUUCACUUCACAGAGAUAGCAGACCACCUCAGUCAGUCCCUCAGUCAGAACUAUCUGAUGUAGGAUUUAAAAUACAGCCCUAUAAAUUGAGCUAGGAAGUUUAUCACCGCGUGUUUUUACUGAAUCAUGAGAACGAGGGUAAGAACCAGGUCAGGUUUGAGCCCAUUUGAGUUUGGGCACCCUCCACGAACAGGGAUAGAGUUCCCACUGACACACAUCACCGUGAGAAUGACAUGUUCAAGUAUUUGUCCUUGGCUCUGGUCCGUCUACGUCAGCAGGUUAAAGAGGCGCUACUCUCUUCAGCAACACAACCGCUGCACAGCCUCCAGCCAGGGGGUUUUGAGGCGGUUAAGGACUUUAGAACAAAGCACUGGAGCGUACAGAGGUGGAACGGACCGGUCCAGGUACGCCUGACAACAUACACGGCGGUGAAAGUAGCCGAAAGAGCGCCACGGAUUCACGCCAGCCACUGCAGGAAGGUGCUGCACCAGCACGGUAACAGAUCAACAAGCCUGCACAAUCAGCAACUGAACCACUGUUUUCCCUGACCUUGUGUUGUGAGUGAAGGAGGGAUUGAGAACGCUUAGGCACCCUUUGUCUCGGACUCACAGGCUGUUAGACAGCAAACAUCAGCACAAGGGAGCUAGUGGGAAAACUCCUGGUCUCACCACUGCUGAUUUAAGUGACGCCA